AGGCUGCUGCAGACCCGAGCGGACGCUAUCCACAAAGGCAGAGGCGCGGUGGGGCCCAGCAGGGCCUCGGAGAACUGGGCUGGCGGGACAGCAUCCCUGGACCGUGGGGAAUACGCCGCCGGACCCCGUAGCCAAUCAGCGCCCUCGGCCUUUCUGCCCUCGAGGGGGGCGGACCCGGCUAAAUACCUGCUGGGGUGGGAGAGGUGCAGCAGAUGUUAGGGGUCAAGGAGUUGGGCGUUCUCCAUCCCCGACCACUACCCCCUCACCCCCGAUACCGUGUCGGAACUCGGCAGUGGGGGAGGGAGUGGAUGGCAAGUCCCUUGUUUAGUCGGCUUCCUUUGCAGCGGGGAGGGGCGGGUUUCUGAGGGUGGAAUGCUUGCUGUCGUUUGGGCUGUUAUCCUUGCAUCCACACCCCCAUUUGACUAGAGGUCCUAAGUGACCAGGGGCACACCCCACUUGACUAGGCAGGUAUGGGGGCCCUUGUCGUGAGUUUAUAAAGGCGGGAGAUAGGGGCUAUCACUGGUUUUUCAGAAAAGCUGUAUUCUUCAGGGAGGGGGUGGGAAAUAGAAAGGGUCAAAGUCGUGGGCUGCUAUCAUUCAUUCAUGUGUUUACUCAAUAGAUACUAAGUAUUACUCUGGGUGAAACACUAACCUAGAUACUGGGAAUACACUGACUGAUAAGAUAGACAUGGUUCCUGCACUCAGAGCCUGUAGAGGUUAGCAUGGGAGCCUAGUUCCCACCUCCCUCCAUACUCAAAUGCUGACCAUCUCUUCUCCUCCCAGGUCCAGCCUGUGGUGUCCACAAUGCCCCAGGCCUCUGAGCACCGCCUGGGCCGAACCCGAGAGCCACCUGUUAAUGUCCAGCCCCGGGUGGGAUCCAAGCUACCACUUGCCCCCCGGGCCCGCAGCAAGGAGCACCGAAACCCAGCCCCUGGGCCAAACCCUAUGUUACGACCUCUGCCUCCCCGGCCAGGUCCCCCUGAAGAACGGCUCAAGAAAUUGGAGCUGGGACAGGGACGGACCUCAGGCCCUCGUCCCAGAGGCCCCCUUCGUGCAGAUCAUGGGGUUCCCCUGCCUGGCUCACCACCCUCAACUGUAGCUGUGCCUCUCCCAUCCAGGACCAACCUAGCUCGUUCCAAGUCUGUGAGCAGUGGGGACUUGCGCCCAAUGGGGAUUGCAUUGGGAGGGCACCGUGGUGCCGGAGAGCUGGGGGCUGCACUGAGCCGCUUGGCGCUCCGGCCUGAGCCACCUGCUUUGAGACGCAGCACCUCUCUCCGCCGCCUUGGAGGCUUUUCUGGGACUCCUGCCCUGCUCAGCAUAAGGACGGAGCCCCCUACCUCUCGUGGCUCCUUCCACGUGGUAUCUACCCGGUCCUCUGAGCCUUUCUACUCCAAAGACAAGAUGGCUCAUCACACACUGCUUCUAGGAUCCGGUCAUGUCGGCCUCCGAAACCUGGGAAACACGUGCUUCCUGAAUGCCGUGCUCCAGUGUCUGAGCAGCACUCGGCCUCUGCGGGACUUCUGUCUGCGAAGGGACUUUCGGCAAGAGGUGCCUGGAGGGGGCCGAGCCCAAGAGCUCACGGAAGCCUUUGCAGAUGUGAUUGGUGCCCUGUGGCACCCUGACUCCUGCGAAGCUGUGAAUCCUACUCGAUUCCGAGCUGUUUUCCAGAAAUAUGUUCCCUCCUUCUCUGGAUACAGCCAGCAGGAUGCCCAAGAAUUCUUGAAGCUCCUCAUGGAGCGGCUGCAUCUGGAAAUCAACCGACGAGGCCGCCGGGCUCCCCCAAUCCUGGCCAACAAUCCAGCUCCCUCGCCACCCCGUCGAGGAGGGGCUCUGCUAGAAGAACCUGAGCUAAGUGAUGAUGACCGAGCCAACCUAAUGUGGAAGCGUUACCUGGAGCGUGAGGACAGCAAGAUUGUGGACCUGUUUGUGGGCCAGUUGAAAAGUUGCCUCAAGUGCCAGGCCUGUGGGUAUCGCUCCACCACCUUCGAGGUUUUUUGUGACCUGUCCCUGCCCAUCCCCAAGAGAGGAUUUGCUGGGGGCAAAGUGUCUUUGCGGGAUUGUUUCAGCCUUUUCACCAAGGAGGAAGAGCUGGAGUCGGAGAAUGCCCCAGUGUGUGACCGAUGCCGGCAGAAAACACGGAGUACCAAAAAGUUGACAGUACAAAGAUUCCCCCGAAUCCUCGUGCUCCAUCUGAAUCGAUUUUCUGCCUCCCGUGGCUCCAUCAAGAAAAGUUCAGUAGGUGUAGACUUCCCGCUGCAGCGACUGAGCCUAGGGGAUUUUGCCAGUGACAAAGCAGGAAGCCCCAUAUACCAGCUAUAUGCCCUUUGCAACCAUUCGGGCAGCGUCCACUACGGCCACUACACAGCCCUGUGCCGGUGCCAGACUGGUUGGCAUGUCUACAAUGACUCUCGUGUCUCCCCUGUCAGUGAAAACCAGGUGGCAUCCAGUGAGGGCUACGUGCUGUUCUACCAACUGAUGCAGGAGCCACCCCGGUGCCUGUGACACUCCCUUUAAGCCCCAGCACCUGUGAAUCCCUUGACAC